AUGGCGGUGGAGCCUGGGAAGCGGAGGGAGCACAACAGGGUGCCACCCUCCCAACCUGCCUCUGUAGUCUGGAAACCAGGCGUCAUUCCAGCAGCGGACAGUCCGUGCGCACCGACCGGGGCCCCCUUUUACCCGUUGCGCGGGGGCUGUCCAGCAAGCUUGAGCGCCGGCGCCGCUGGUCUCCGCUUACCGAUCCCAGCUGAGAGACGCCGGGAGGAGCCACCGGAGGAAGAGGAGGAGCCGCCGCCGCGUCCUUCGCCCCGUAGGUUUGUUUCCCGGCUGCGCUCAGGGCGCGUCUAUUGCGCGCUACCCCGCGGGAGCCUGCAGGGGACCCACCGCGCGCGGGGCAAGGAGCGCACGGAGGCCGAAGGCGAGGAAGAUUCCAUCAUGGACGAAUCACAGCUGAGAAACCUGAAGGCUCAGUAUGAGGCCCAGAAUGCCAGCACUGCCGCCUCCCAAAUCCAAGUGCUGGUGGAUUGCGUUAACACCCUCAAGAUAAAAGUUGGGGUCCUGGGGCCACGUGGAGCCGGAGUGAGCACACUUGUUCAGGCUGUGCUGGACAAACCCCGCCGGGUGACCGAUCCACGGGCUUACUUCCGGGAGACUCCGGAGCCUACUAAGCAGCUGGUCGCACACAUCCACCCCGUCUACCCCAACCUCACCCUGUGCGACCUGCCCGGCUUUGAGGUGUCCGAGAAACCGGCGACGUAUCUCAAGCGCUUGGGUGACCUGAGCAAGUACAACUGCUUUGUGGUAGUGGUAAGCACAACCUUGGGAGACACCCACCUGCAAGUCCUCAAGGACCUCAGACAGAAGGGGAAGACUCUCUUCUUGGUGCGCACCAAGGUGGAUUUGGAUCUGCAUACAGCCGAGAGGCGGCUCCGUUUUAAAUUCAACUGCGGCGAGCAACUGGGGCAGAUCCGGAAGGAACUGACGGAGACGUUGGCAAAGAAUGGGAUGGAUACCAAGAGGGUCUUCCUGGUGUCAGGGCUGGAGACGGAGAGAUACGAGUUCACUCGCUUUGAAGAUAGCCUGGAAGGGGAGAUGCUCAGCUUGAAAAGAAGCCUUGACGGGGACCUGGAAGACUUGAAUGCAGUGAGCCAGAAGAAGAUCGAGGAGCUAUAUAACAUAAGCAAGAGCGGCAGCUUGUCCGAAGUCCCGGACGUCAUCUGCUCCGCGUUAGUCGAUUCCUCGCAGAUCCGUCUGGACGUUGCCGUGAUAGGAGAAGUCGGCUCAGGGAAGUCCUCGCUGGUCAAUGCCCUGAGAGGCGUGGCUGCUGGAGAAUCAGGUGCAGCCCCCACCGGGGUGACCGGGACGACGAGGAAAGCCACAGACUAUCUGCUUCCAACGGUCCCCUACAUGCACCUCUGGGAUCUGCCAGGGGUUGGAGUGACAGAAGAGGAUGUGAGCCACCUGGAUCUCAGCCGCUACGACUUGUUCCUGCUGGUGGCCUCCGAGCGCUAUAAGCAUGUCCAUAGUUGCUUGGCCAGGGCCAUUGCUGCAGCUGGGAAGGAUGUCUUCUUUGUGCGAAGCAAGAUAGAGGUGGACAUGGAGGCCCAGCCUGGGAGCAAGCCCAUCCCUAAAGAAGAACUGAGAGAACUGGUACGGAAGAACUGCACGGAGGCCCUGAAGAAGGAUGGCAUCCCCUCUCCACAGGUCUUUCUAGUCUCCAGCCUUAUGCAGGAAACCUACGAUCUUCCUCUCCUCCAGGAAGCCCUCAGUUACAGCGCUCCUGACCUUAAGAGGAAAGCUCUGAGGAGAGCCAUCCCGACCGUCCUGUCCCGACUGGUAAGACGGAAGUCCAAAGUGCUGAUGAAGGACGUGUGGAUGAAGGCUCUGCAGACUUGCCUGUACUGUGUGGAAAGGCCAAACCCAGAUGUGGCCGAGAGCCUCAUCACCUACAUCGCCAGCUUCUGCAUAGACCUCGGCCUGGAUGGAGAGUCUGUGGAGCACACUGCGCGGGUCACUGGCAAAGCCGUCACACUGCUGCAAGCACAGAUCCGAAGCCCCUUUGCCAAGCCACUGGACUCCAAAUACGUGCUGAGUCUCAUCACCAAACCGGUCUCGAUGUCCACCUGGGCGUGGAGCUACGUGCCGUACUUGGGCCGAGGGACUAAUCUGGAACCCGAGAUCUCUUUCGAGUCCAUUUACAGGAUGUUGAAGCAAGUCGUGGUGGAAUUGUCUGAGGAUGCUGAGCGGGUGCUUUUCAGGGCGCUUAUGGAAGAAUAGAGCUGGGCAGGAAUUUGGGGAAGGGGUAAGUAAUUGCAACACCCCACCUCCCCCUCUGCCUUAACGUCAGCUGCAAGUUGGAAACUGGAGAGGAAUGAUUCCUGGAAAAGCCUGGCUGGGACAAGAUCAGUGUUUCUGAGAACAAUGCCAUAUGGUGGAUUGGAUCACAGAGAUCCAAUCCACUAGUGGAAGUGGUUUCUUCUGGUGGAAGGAGUCUUCCCAAAGCAAGAUGCUUGGAAGGUAAUGAGGGGAGGGUUCCUUCCACCAGAGGGAAAGCUCUUCUGCUAGUGGAAUAGAUCCACGGCAUCCAACCCAUUGGUAUUAAAGCUAAUUUUGAAGGUCAAGCAGACUUAUUUAUAUGCUGGGGGCGGGGGGGGGGUGUUCUCAAAAGUGCAAGAAGCGAUCAUUGGAUCCCAACUUCUAUGAUGGUAAAAGAAAACUUGGAUGUAGAACAGGAGGUCAAGUGCUUUACCAAACUGGUCAACCUAUGCCUGGGCUGUACCACCUUCAGACAGCAGGUAGGGGCUCUCAUGAAUGCUCGUCCAUGUAAAACAGUCCUUUUGACAUACAAAACGAGAGGGCAGUGAGAAAGCCCCGCGGAAGGUUAGCAUUCCAUGCUUAGGGAGUCCUGCGGUAUGGAACAGUGCCUCCCCCCGCCCCGCAGUCUGAAGUGACAACAGUCCUAACGCAGCAUCACCACCACGUCUGCUAAUUGUGAGAAUAGCCUCAAGACCUCAGGUGAUUACAAAAAAGCAUCCCCGUCCCUUAAGAGGGGAGCUUGGCUUGCUACUGUCUGUGGCAUAUACAACCCCUAUGUACCAUAUGCCCCAAGAGGAAUCCCAUCUGGAUUUUUUUUUUAAUCAUGCAGACACUGGAGAGAGGCAUUUUGUUCAACUCUUUAACUAAUUGUACUGCUCAACCUGAUAGAUGGAUAUUCUGCACAUUCUAACCGUACUUGGAGAAGAUAGGGGCAGGGAAAUCCAUUUGUAUUUUCUCAUAUCCCACUCAUUAAUGUUUUGCAUAGCUGUCACUUGCCGAUUGUGGGAUCGUUCUGUUUCGAUAAUCUUGAUCGUUCACUGAAAACAAUCGAAAGAGGCGAUUGUGGACAUAAGCGUUUUUCUUGUGUCUUUCUGUUAUUAGUUGUUGCUGGGUGGCAAAGCAUUAUUUCCAGGAAACAUCACGCUUGAGAUAUACUGUUUGACUAGCAAGAGAGCGCACACGCACUUGUGUUAUUUCCUUUUGAUACUUGCAGUAGUUUUUUUUUUAUGUUUGCUUUGUGACGUGAUAGCUGUUCAAAACACAGAUGCUCAGUUCUUCCUGGGAUGCGCAGAACUAGGUGUGCAUGGUUGUUGGGGUCAUGGCCCAUAGAGAGAAGUGCACACUUAAUUUACAGGAAGUGCCAGCUAUUUCCAGGUGAAAUUCUGACACUCAGAGGAGCUGAUGGAACUAAAGUCAGCAAAGAUUCCUUGUGGGUGCAUCUUGAGAGUUUGGGUGUGUUUCUCACACCAUCAGUUAACAGAACCACCCUGGAGAACUUUGCAUGGGGUGUGUGCACGCAAAUGUUCUCCCACAAGAAAGGAAGCCAGGAUGAGUCCCUGUCUCUGUUUUUUGUCUACUAACAGGAGUGCAGCCCGAGAUUUUAUGAGGGAGUCUGUAUUGUUUCUGUAGGGCUUGCAAGACCAGCGGGGGAAAACCACGAUCCGGUGAGCCUGCUAACAGCAAUCUGUCUUCAUGCACGAGUCCUGCAAAAAAAUCAUUCAAAUGUCGGGGACCCAACUGGAACAGAAAGCCCUCGUGGUAGACUUACAUUAAAAACAACAUGCCAGCCCUGAACGUCCCAAGCACCAAACUGAAAGCCACCAUUUGAAUGCCAGGCUUACAACACAGAUAUGGGGUUGCUCUCCCUCUGGCGUAAGCCCGGCAUCAGGGCCCGCACCCAAAUGGUGCAGUCAGAACCUGGACGGGCCACUCCAUCAGCACUGGGGAUGGAACCCCUGUGGCCCACUCAAGUUCUUCAGCGCAUCCCUAAAGAAGAGAGCAAACCUACCACUGAUGCUAUUUGAGCAUGCAAGAGAGAACUCUUCCUUGGCUUUGCCUUGUUAGUUAAUUGUAAUUAACAGUCGCAGCAGCUGCCGCCGCCGCCAUGCCUUUUCUUUUCCCCCAUUACAGAUUGCUUGCUCGGUAAUAGGCAGCUAUCUCCGAGGGAGAACGACAACAGCUGUUGAUAGAAGAGCCCUUCUGUAGCUCUGAUGCAGGUAGGCAGUGACUCCUUAGCAGGGUAGUGGUCUAGGCGGCAUUACAGUCGCCGGAUUCAUAUGGAGCAAGGAGUACAGGGAAACAGUGGAAAACACACAAGAGUGUCAGCGGGAGGGGAAAGAAUCUCAUCCUGGAAAAUACGCUGUAUUUACUUUACUAUCGCCACCAAAUGUACUUCAGUCUUUGGAUCUGCAAAUAUUACAUAAACUUGAUAGACCUUGAUUAGGUGGCUUGUCUGUUCUUCACAUGGGAAUGGUUAUUGUGAACUGUAGCAGAGUUAUGUUCUAAUGGGUAGUUUCUAGUCCUAUAAACAUAGUGCCCCCUGCAAGGAAAGACCCCCAUUAAUAAAGGGGAGGCUAAAAUAGGGAAAUUUACUCAGACAGAUGGGGUGAUAUUUAUUACCUGUUUAGAGACACAUAAAACAGCAUGUGGCAGUAAUUCACAACCUCAUAUAUAAAUGUUUGUCUAGUGAGGACCCAUCCCAUCCAAUGAAGUGAGCAUAUGCUAGAAUAAAAUCUUGUUAAUCUUUUAAGAUG